UCAUCUGGAGGAAACUCCUCCCAGCAGACAGCGCGUCCUGUCGCCUCUCCAGCGCAAUGGUCUCCUGGAUCAUCUCUCGGCUUGUGGUACUCGUGUUUGGUACACUAUAUCCUGCAUACUCAUCUUAUAAAGCUGUGAAAUCAAAAGAUGUGAGAGAAUAUGUGAAAUGGAUGAUGUACUGGAUAAUAUUUGCCCUAUUUACGACUGUGGAAGUAUUCACAGAUAUGUUUCUUUGUUGGAUUCCUUUCUACUAUGAAUUGAAGAUAGCCUUUGUGGUGUGGCUGUUGUCCCCUUACACUAAAGGCUCUAGUGUGCUAUACAGGAAGUUUGUUCAUCCCACACUUUCUUCAAAAGAAAAGGACAUUGAUGAGUACAUCUGCCAAGCCAAGGACAAAAGCUAUGACACACUGGUGCAUUUUGGGAGAAAAGGGCUGAAUGUUGCAGCCACAGCUGCAGUCAUGGCUGCAACAAAGAGCCAAGGAGUCCUGUCAGACAGACUGAGGAGUUUCAGCAUGCAGGAUCUGUCUUCCUACCAGUGUGACGACGUUAACACCGGCCCUGGCACUACGCAGCCUGCAGCAGCACAGCAUCGGACCAGACCCAUGAUGCGUAGCAAGUCAGACGGCUACAACAAGGGACAGGACUUUGACAUGACUGAGUUUGAGGUUUUGGGGUUGGACCAAUGGGACUCCAAGGACUCGCUAUCCCAGACAAUUUCACCUUCUGAGUCUGAGUCCACGCCCAUUACACCCUCACUGACAUCCCAGUCCACCCCACCCUCCACUCCCUCUCCACCUUCCACUCCUCCAGUUCCGGAGCAGCCUGAGGAGGUGGGGAAAGGGGUGCAGACAGCGUCGAGCUCCCCACAGCUCAAGCUGAUUAAGAGGAAGGCUCCUGAGCCUCCUCUUAGAGCCGUAAGGCCUCUCACAAGAUCCAGGAGUGCUCUUUCUUCAAACAAUGAAGCCAUGUGAAACUGUCCUCAAGACUACUCCAGCUGCCUUUGCUGCAAGAAGUAAAAAUUCAGAAUGGCCAAAAGCUACAUGACUGAAGCAGCCUUGCUUUGGAAUAAGGUAUUACCAAAGUGACCUAUGAAGACCCCUCUACAUAUAUAGUUUAUGGCUCAUGGCUCAUGAUUAAAUAAAUGAGGUUUGUGACACUGAGUUAGGAAAAUGAAUGAAUGGGCUCCGCGCCGAUAGA